UGAAUGAAGUGCACCACUCUAAAACCUUCGGCAGUUAGCUCAGUGGACGCGCACGCGCCGGCCGUACGCGACUUGCCUUCGAUCGACACGCGUCUGCGUCAGUGAUACUUAUUGUGUUCUUUCCUAUGUGCUGGAACACCUGUUGAUUUCUUUAAGAUGGGGUGUGCUCGCAUCUUCUCAGCGCUGCGGCGCUGCAAGCAGCUGCAGGACGACGAUACGGCGACGCCGCUGUCGCGCUGCCUGGGCUUAUUGGACCUGACGGCGUUAGGAGUGGGAAGCACUCUGGGGCUGGGCGUCUACGUACUGGCCGGAGCGGUCGCCAAGACCGUGGCGGGACCUGCUGUUACUUUGAGCUUCUUGGUCGCUGCCAUCGCUUCUGCGUUUGCUGGCUUGUGCUAUGCCGAAUUCGCAUCACGCGUGCCCAAAGCGGGCUCAGCCUACGUAUACAGUUACGUCAGCGUGGGCGAGUUCAUCGCGUUCACGAUCGGCUGGAACCUCAUCCUGGAAUACGUGAUAGGAACCGCCAGCGUAGCCAAGGGCAUGGCCAACUACAUCGACAGCCUGUGCAACAACACCAUCGGCAAAACCAUGGCCAGUGUCGCGCCUAUCAAUGUCUCGUUCCUGGCGGAGUAUCCCGACUUCUUCGCGUUUGCGCUGGUCAUGCUUAUCACGAUCUUGCUGGGCGUGGGCGUGAAGGAGUCCACGAAGCUCAACAACGUGUUCACGGCGCUUAACAUGGCCACCGUCAUUGUUGUCGUCAUCGCCGGCGCCGUCAAGAGUGACCCAGCCAACUGGAAGAUAAAGGUAGAAAACAUACCAGCGGAGUACCGGGAAUCAGCGGGCGCGGGCGGGUUUAUGCCGUGGGGCGUGGCGGGCGUCAUGGCAGGCGCGGCAAAGUGCUUCUUCGGCUUCGUGGGCUUCGACUGCGUGGCCACCACCGGCGAGGAAGCCAAGAGUCCGAAGAGGGAUAUACCGCUGUCCAUCGUGCUUAGCUUGGUCAUUAUAUUCGUGUCGUACUUCAGUAUUGCGACCGUGCUGACCAUGAUGUGGCCGUAUUAUCUGCAGGACGCGGACGCGCCUUUUCCGCACGUGUUUACGGAAGCUGGUCUACCAGCCAUCAAGUGGCUGGUGACGGUGGGCGCGGUGUUCGCGCUGUGCACCAGCUUGUUAGGCGCCAUGUUUCCGCUGCCAAGAGUGUUAUACGCCAUGGGAUCAGAUGGCGUGCUGUUCCGCCCGUUGGCUGCCAUCUGCAAGAGGACCAAGACGCCGAUGCUGGCGACGAUACUCAGUGGACUAUUAUCAGCGACCAUGGCGGCGAUCUUCAACCUGAACCAGCUCAUCGACAUGAUGUCCAUCGGCACGCUGCUCGCAUACACCAUCGUCGCCACCAGUGUCUUGAUACUCAGGUACGAGGAUGAAGGCACGCCUCAGCUGGCGGGCGUGAAGCCGCGGCCGGAGUCGCCGGCGUCGGUGGCGCGGCAGGCCUUCAACCUGCUGGGGCUCAAGGAGCCCACGCAGCUCUCCGCCACUAUUGCCAAGUGUGUCAUCGUGAUCUUCUUCGUCCUAGCGCUUGCAACGUGCGCACUGAUGCGGUGGGAGGCGCCUUCGAGCGGGCUGGGCGUGGCGCUCGGAGUUUUGGGAGCUGCUUUGGUGAUUCUACUGCUGGUGCUGUACCGCCAGCCGAGGCACGACGUGCGACACCUCAGCUUCAAGGUGCCGCUGGUGCCGCUGGUGCCGUACCUCAGCGUGUGCAUGAACGUGUACCUCAUGGCGCAGCUCGACUACCAGACCUGGGUGCGGUUCAUCAUCUGGCUCGUCAUCGGUUACCUGAUCUACUUCAUUUACGGCAUAAGGAACAGCUCUCUGAACGAGAAGAGUCUCCCGGCGACGGCGACCAAUGGCAAGGCGGCCACCAACGGCAAGACCACCGAGACCAAGCACCAGAUCACCACCAAGUUCUGACGCGCCGGUAAAUAGGUCAUAGCAUUUACUUUACUUGGGGUGUAGAUCGAUGUGACGUCGAUACCCGUAGACUUACGUUAGUAAGUUAAGAAUUAACGUGCUGCCUGAUACAGGUAAUUUUGCCAUGUAAUUUGUGUAUUUUAAAUAAGGUAAAUAGUUUUAUAUUGACAAUCGGGCCACAGAGGUGGGUCAUGUACCGCUCUUGGCCUGCAAAUCACAGAAUUCAAGGUUUUACAAAAACUAAAUGACUAACGUUAAUUUAGUUAUCUUCAUACGAAUGGCAGUGAUAUGGAUGUUUUCGUCUUUGCCUCUAAUAAACUAGAUAAUUAAAAGUGAAAUAGAUAUAAGGUCGAUAGGAGUGAUCAAUGUUAGAGUACUAACUGUCGUGAGUUAUUUUUGUUUUCUAGUCUGUCUAAUGAAGGCCGCCAUCAAUAUGCGAAAAUUUGGGUGAAUUAGUUAACUACUGAUUACUUCGUUAUUUGAUUACCGAUCCCCUUGUGUAUUCGUUACACAGACUCUGUUUCAGAAAUUGUAUGGGGCAGUUGAUAUAGCCUUAAGCCGUGCCGUGUUCGACCAGCAUUAGGCAUUAGGCUUCUGCUAGUGUUCAAAAGAUUCUAGAAUUUAAUUCACUAAUUAGUUAUUUGAUAUGUUCUGUCGACAAUAGUUUACUGUUCAAACGUCGCUUAUUGUAUAGGAUUUGUAGACACAGAGAUUCUAUACAUGCAGAAAUUUUAAUAAUACAGAAAGAGUUUCAAUACAUAUUUUUAUAAUUUUUUUUCUCUUAAAGAGAUAAUAUCUGUGCGUGAUAUAUUGAAUAGUACUUACAGGUUUUUAAGAGAGAUAUUAUUUGAAUACGUAAUUAUUGAUCUUUUAAUUAAGAAUAUCUGUAAAUUAGCCAUAAUUGUGAUUUAAAUGUUAUAAUUUACUGUGUUGACAAUAGUUAAAAUAUGCAUUCGCUAUGUCAGAAAAGUCACGCAGUGUGUGACAUUUACGACGUUUUUGUAAACGUAGACUCGGAGUCAACAUUGCGCUAGUUUUAUACAAUACGGAAUCGGAUAUCAGCACGCAAUACAUCUGUGUUGAGAGUAUCUACCCUUAAUGAGUUGUCUGGACGCUGUUUCUCCAUGGUUUGUAUGGAAAUAAUUACGUUUGACGUCAUUUAAAGGUAGUGUUUUUCAACCAUAGCCGAUGAUUUUAUUUCAAAAGAAAUAAAAAUCAAAUACAUUUUAUGAGUUAUUGCACGAUCUUUUGCGGGUGGUGUGUCGUAGCGAAUCGCUAUGCUGCGCCAUUUCAGGUAAAAUCGUACAUAAUAACUU